AUGAAGGAAGAUUUUGCAAAGUUUAAACAAUUCAAGAAGAGUCAUAGAAAAGAAAAAGAAGGAACUGUUGUAAUUGCGAUGGAUGAUGGUGUUAAUGGUGAAUGUUUGAAUGUGGAUAAUGAUAACGAAAAGGCAAAAAAUCCAUUACAAGAUGAGUGGUUAAUGGAUUCAGCUUGCCUAUUCCAUAUUUGCUCAAAGAAGGAGUGGUUUAAUGAGAUUGAAGAAAAAAAAGGAGAAAAAAUGAAGCUAGCCAAUGGAAACAAGAUGGAAGUUGAAGGUGUUGGAAGAGUGAAGAUCAAGCUGCAUGUUGUCAUGAUUCUCAUUCUAUUCUUUCUACUAAUCUCUCCUGCCACUGCAUUAUUCUUCAAUUUCACCAACUUCAACGAGAGUAUUCGUGACUUAAAAUAUGAAGGAGACGCGCACCUUGUAAAUUCUGCAAUUCAGCUUACUGAUAACCUGCACGAUCUCACAGGCCAUGUGACAUAUUUGGAACCGCUUCAUCUUUGGGACAAACCAUCGGGCAAUCUCUCCAGCUUCACCAUUAAUUUCACCUGCUCGAUCGAUGCACAAAAUAAUGCUUCACACAGUGAUGGGAUUGCACUGUUUCUCGCUCAUUUGGAUUAUCAGAUUCCUGAUAUCCAACAAGGCAGUGGUAUUGGUCUUGCCAGUGGGAACCAAACAUUGAGCUCCACAGACAAUCCAUUUGUUGCUGUGGAGUUCGAUACCUACCAUAAUGCAUGGGAUGCAGAGGACGGUGAUCACGUAGGCAUUGACGUCAGUUCAUUAAGAUCUUCUAAAAUUAUGAAAUGGGAUAGCAGUCUUGAUGGAAGAAUAGUGGAUGCUGGAAUUAUCUAUAAUUCUAGUUCCAAAAAUCUAUGUGUUUACUUUACUGGAUUAACAGAAGGAAUCUUUGUUCCACAGGUUCUUUGCCUUGAAAUUGAUCUAAGGGAUCACUUGCCUGAAUGGGUUGUUGUUGGUUUUUCAGCUGCCACAGGAAUGUACUCCGAGUUCCAUACCAUCCACUCAUGGUCGUGCAAUUCAUAUUUCUCUUCAUCUCCACCCUCUUCCUCCUUCUCACCUCCUCCUCCUCAGUGUCCUCCCAAAAAUAAUAAAUACAAGGCGUUAAUGAUAGCUGGAUGGUCAGUUGCUGGUUCGUUUCUUGUAAUACUGUUGGUCGGUGGAGUGAUCUCGUUUUGCAUUUUCAAGAACAGACAAAAAAAAGAUGGUUCCUCGAGAGAUACGAAUAGAAUAGAUACAGAAACUCCAGGUCCACAUCAUGAUGGAGGCGGCAUAGAACCUAGUCCACAACAAGAUCAGGUCGACGAGAUAGAAAAUGAUACACCCAGAAAUCAGAAUGGAGGAGAAGCAGGAAAUGAACCAGCCAGAAGUCAGGUUGCAGGCAAUGUAGGAACUGGUGCCGACACUGUUCUGAGCGAAAGAAUAGAGGGUCAAGCAGACAGUGCAGAGAGCGGAGUAGAAAGAGAGAAUGAUCCAGUCAGAGUUCUGAAUAGAGAAGAAACACAAAUUGGUUCUUCCAGCGUUCCGAGUAUAAGGGAAAUAGGAAUUUAUUCAUCACCUGUAACAAGCGAAGACCUCUGUUAA